AAUUAAAGUUUUAUAUAUAAAAUGAAUCCAAGAGAUGAUUUCUUAAAUUAACUCCUCACGGGAGACGAACUCCUUGUGCUGGUGAUAACACAACAAUUUGUGUUAAAAUGCCAAGAAUAAAUAUAGCAAAUGUUAUAAAUUUAUUAAUCACAACGUUUAACAUUGCAAAUUUUGGUGUCUCACCUGUUAAUCGCCAUGAAGUUGAACUUCAUAAUGCCAUUUCCGAUAUAAUAAAAAAUGCUGUAAAUGAUGAUGUUGAGAUUGAAUACAAAUGGGAACUUGAUUUUGACGAUCCGUCGGAACUGCAUGAUGUACAAUUUGUGGACGUGUAUGAUAUUGAUGCUGAAGAAGAUAAUUAUGAAGACAAAGUUUGUAUUGUGGAUAACGAAGGUGGAAAUGUAAACUUAAAUUACAAAAGAAAAGCAGUUGAAUUUUGGAACAGUGGAAAAAAAGGACAUUUAGCUAUUACUGCUGUACAGAAUCGUUUUAGAAAGAUAAAAUCUGUUUCGCAAUUGCAUAGAUGGGAAGAAAAUGUAAUGCGCGGAGGGUCAAACAGGGACAAACUUGUAUUUAUUGCCGAAUAUAUACUAUCGCAAUUCCAAGAAUCUAUUGAUAGAGGAUCUAUCAUUCACGACAUAGAUUUGCGAAAAUGGGCAUUACAAGCAAAGGAGCAAAUAGACUUUUCUUCAUUUAGAGCAGGAAAUUGCUGAUGUAACAAUACGUCAAAGCGCAGAGGAAUUUGUGAGACAGGUUAAACCACAUAUUGAUGUUAUCGGUGCAGGAUCAAUUUAUAAUGCAGAUGAAAGCGGCUUUAAUUUCGAAAUACAUUCUGGAAGAACAUUAACUAAUGUGGGAGCAAAACAAGUCGAAUCUACUAUCCAAUCUUUAU